AUGAGCGACAACCCUUGCUGGACCGCGAACCCCCCUGGAUGGGCUUCCAUUACCGGAAAUCCUGUUCAAGUAAAGGCCGGCUCGGAGCGCCACCUUGGACCGAGCGAGAUUACUAAAGGCACACGAGUCGGUAUUUUGGCUGGUAUUUGGGUUGCCAUGUUUCUUGCGUCUGUGAACACGACAAUGGUAGCCACGCUAAUUUCAUCCAUCUCUUCGGAAUACAACCGCUCGAACCAGGCCAGUUGGCUAGGCACAUCGUACGUAUUUCAAACUCAGACCAGCACUUGCACAGAGGUAACCAAAUCUGGACCGACCAGAUUUCUACUCGCGACUUGCACGUUCACUCCUCUGUACGGUCGACUAUGCAACGUUCUAGGUCGCCGAGGAGCCAACCAGACCGCGGUCCUGUUCGCAGCUGUGGGGACAUUGGCAUGUGGGCUUUCGAAUAGCUUGGAGAUGUUGAUUGCCGCGCGAUUUCUUUCGGGCAUGGGCAGUGGUGGGAUAUUUACCACGGCCUCGAUUAUCACAUCGGACAUGUACACAAUACGGGAAAGGAGUUUGACACAGGGCAUUGCGUCUUUGUUCAAUGGGGCUGGAAUGGGCCUUGGCGGUCCUCUUGGAGGCUGGAUUAGCGACCGUUUUGGAUGGCGUUGGGCCUUUCUUAUACAGAUCCCGUUUUUUGCCGUAUCGUUCUUUCUCACUUCUGCCAACUUACCGGUUCUCAAAGACUAUGUAACGCCUGGUCGAGGGAGAGGAGCCAAGGAAAUUCUUAAACGAAUCGAUUACGGAGGAUGUGCGACCAUGUUUGUUAGUGUUGGAGCGUUGUUGUUUUUCCUUAGUUUCAAAUACAACCAAGAGUAUGCUUGGGAUAGUGCACCAGUAGUGACGAGCUUGGCCGUUAUGAUCCUAGCCGCCAUGGCGUUUCUAUUCGUCGAGUUGAAACUCGCGUAUGAACCAAUGCUAGCACCUUCGCUACUUAAGGAAAGCGUACCAGUCAUAAUAGGCUAUAGUAAUGCCCUCGUUUCAAUGUGCAACUUUGCCAUUAUGUAUUUCUUCCCGAUGUGGUUUGAGACGGUUCAACUUCAGAGUGCUGGUGUGGCAGGUGCUCAUUUGUUACCCAACUCUGUUGCAAUGUCGUUGGGGUCUCUGUUUGCAGGAUGGUACAUGGCCAAGACGGGUCGGUAUAAGAUCUUGACAAAUCUUUUUGGGCUGUUUCCUUGCAUUGCUUCCUUGCUUGUUUACCGUCUUAGAGAAAACUCUAGUAGUUUCGAGCAGUGGUUUAGUAUUAUCCCGCUAGGCUUCGGAAAUGCUGUUGUGUUACAAACUACUUUGAUUUGUCUGUUGGCCUCGAUUGAUAAUUCACAAUUGGCUGUUGGCACCGGCUUUACUCAGUUAUACCGCGGAGUUGGUCAGGUGUUAGGUGUGGCCGUUAGCUCUGCGUUUUUCCAGUCAGUUCUCGAUAGGGAGCUACGUUCGCGAAUCACGGGAAAGGAUGCCGAUGAGUGGGUUGUUCGUAUCCGUCAUUCGAGUAAAUUAGUGGUAAAUCUCGAAGAGCACCUGCAACGUGCAGCGCGCGAUUCGUAUGGCGAAGCAUUGAGGUAUGUGUUUUUGUAUGCAGCGGCCUGCAGUUUGGUUUCUUUUAUUCUCCGACUUUGGCUUCCUGAGGUACCUCUCGAUGAACCUGAAACGCCAGCACCUGCUUCACCUACACCUAGCAACCUUUCUAACGAAAGCGCGGUGGACGAAGUCGAGAUGCACUCCCGCCCAUUCGUCCGACGCCGCGAAUCCGCGUACGACGUUUGUCUACUUUAG